AUGGAGUAUUCGACGCAAUACCAACAGCCUCAUGGCCAACACCCUCACGCUCCGUCGCACAUGGCCGGCGCAUAUCAGAAUGCGCAGAACCCCGGUACUGCCGUGGGUUCAAUGGCCUCUCCUACCAAUCCACAGGCGCACAUGCCUCAGAAUCAUCAAGCCUCUCCCAUCAUGCCCCCCCAGGGCCAUUACCAACAAUCUCAGAAUGCUCCCGGCGCCGUUCACCAACAGAUGAACUUUGCGCAGCCGUACGUCUCGACGACGAUGCAGCCUCCCUAUGGAAUUUCGCCCACGCAAGCUGCCGCCAUGGCCACCGCCGCUGCCUCGGGCCAGUUCUAUCCCAUGCACCAAGAUCAGAUGGCCGGUCAGAUGGCACAAGGGCCUCGUGGCUCGCCGCGCAUGGCUGGCGUCCAGGUCAAGAACGAACGCAAUCCGCGCUCCCCUCCUCAAGUGCCCGGCCAGAUCGCGUCAAUGCCAUCUCAAGUACAAAUGCAGCCAAACCGUCGGAUGAGCCAAGUCGGCAGCCCACACCUUCCUAACGCGCAGCCAGUCAUGAACCAUGUUGGUCGGCCUGGUGUUCCGCCAGCGAUGGCCCCACCACCUCAACCCCAGGUUCAACAGGCACCACCUGCCACCGAACAAGUUCCCGGUGCUACACAGGAGGAGUCGCCGCUGUAUGUGAACGCGAAGCAGUUCCACCGCAUUCUGAAACGACGCGUCGCGCGACAAAAAUUGGAGGAACAACUGCGGCUGACAUCCAAGGGCCGAAAGCCAUACCUCCACGAGUCUCGACAUAACCACGCGAUGAGACGACCGCGUGGCCCUGGCGGACGUUUCUUGACGGCGGACGAGGUGGCAGCGAUGGAGAAGAACAAGGAGGAUAUUGCCGAUGAAGACGUGGCUAAACCAGCCGGUGAGAUCAACUCAUCGGCACAGAAACGAAAGUCUGGCGUAGCUGACGAUGGCAACGGCAACCCUUCAAAGAAGACUAAGACGAGCGCAAGCCCUGAUGAAAGUGAAGAUGUCGAAGAAGGCGAACCUUCGGACGAAGAAGGUUGA